UUGUUUCUCUGUGCACUUCACCUAAAAAAUUCAGGCGACAUGACUCAGCAUUUCGGGCGACUUAACUCUGGUUUCGGGCGAGAUGACUUUCGGGCGACUUGACCGGUUACCGUUAAACCCCUCUGGAGAGCAGUUUCAAGAAAACGCUGAGCAGAUUCACUGGAUUCGUGUGAACGGAAGGUCGAUUCGUGCAAAAUGGUAGGCGGUUUCGUGUGGACGUAACCUUUUAAAUUCAAUUAUUCCCGUCCUUGAAACGUUAAAUAACCUUCGGACGGACAGUUUUUUUUAACGGACAACAAACAACUAAUACGGUUUCCCUUGCCCUCACAAAGCAAUAUAUGGCUGGUUUAAUAAAGGUUGCUUUGGGCAUUGGUAUUUGGGCACUGGGAAUCUGUUGUUUAGUCGUCACUCAAGCAAAUGACGGUAUUGUUCUGUAUGUCCAAUUGCCAAAGUAACCUUUAUAAACAGGUCUCUGGGUGGCCCUCCUUUCGCAUGAACCAAUCCAGUACGUAGAAAAAAACGCGCGUACACGCGCGAAAUCGCGACGAGGAAGACACAACACACAACCAAUCAGAUUUCUGCUAUUUUUCCAUUCGAUUGCAUCACAAGUCGUAAACUAAAGUCCGCCAUCUUUGAUUUCGGUUCCUUGUUUUCUGCAAGGUUACAUUUGUACAACCCUUAGUAACCAGUAAUCGUUUGUCGUGGAAUGGGUGUCUUCAACGUUCAAGAACAUUUACGACAUCGCCGAAAUCGGGAAAGCGAAGAAUCGUACGGGACAGAACUGUAAGUAUCGUAGAAUGUUUUGUUUUGGUAUUUUGCGCGGUUAAAUAAUUUAUUUACUGUAAAAACCGGUAAAAUUUGUAAGUUUAAGUUCCCUAUUUCAUCUUUGAUUUUCUAUCAACAGCUAUAAAUAAGCUGAUGACAAUGCUGCUUGAUUUGCGAAUUAAACCAGCCAGCCAAGUGUGAUGUCCUUAGCUUGUUUAUAAAUGAGACUCAAAGUAAGAUUCCCCCUUCUUCUUAUUUCGAUUAGCUAGCUGGUUAUGUAAUUCGCGUUCGAGUGGUAAAACCAUAUGAUAUAUCCCACGAUCUCGAUUGAUGAUAUUAUAAUUGGGCAGAGCACGAUAAAACAUUGGUGUUAAAACCAAUUUUCCAACGAAGAUUCCCUCGUCCAGCCAGUGAGCUUUGACCGGCGCCCGGUAAAUUCCAAAAGCCGGUCUGCUGAGCAGGAAGUCGUCGAGAGGUCAAACUCCGACAGGAACAUCAAAUUGGGCUCUUUGGAAAACUCAUAAUGCUUCUAAUGCUUGCUGUUUAUAUUGCGUUACAAGGGCCAAGUUGUUUUUUUUUUCUCACUUAGCCCAUAGGUUGUUUUUGCAGUCGUCGUUGCUCUUUCACAAGGCCAUUUUUUUCCUCCUCAGGGGCUGGGAGGAGGAUUUUGUUGAGCCUCCAGACGCACCGCAGCCCCAACAAGAAGCAGCUCAAAGGCGUACUAUCCGUCAGCGUUCACAGAAAAGUAAAAUACAUCAUUUUAACACAAAAUUCCCGGCAAGAAAGGUUAAAACUGGAAGCAGGCAGAUGAGGCGACAUGAAAACAGUUAGUAUUUUUAUUGUUUUGGAGAUGCACAUGAAAAAUAGAUUAUCUGUGGAUUAUUUUUAUUCGAAGAUAAUAGUUGAAGAAAUAAAAUUAUCUGCCCUUGUUCAUUUUCAUUCUGUAAUAUCUUUGGCUGUGGUAGUAAACAGUGAGUAUGAAACAAAGGGGCUGUGUACACUUGGUUGGGAGCCUGGGAACCAGUGCCUUGGAACUGGCACAGUGUGGUGUUUUGUUUACAUCUUGAGUACCUGAUAUGAAACUGUCCACAAAGUUACUCCCUUUCACGCUGUCAGAUGCAACUUGGAAACUUGAGCUUUGUAGGGAGUAGGAAGCAGUGGUUUGCAUUAUAACUAACAACACUGGUGUGCACACAGGGACCCGAUGCCCACUGUUGUGCCUGGGUACAAGGUCUCGACCUUGAACCCAGGCACCCCGGCACGGUUACCUUAUUGCAGCAUGGGUAGUUGAAAAAAACGUGUGUUCACAUUAAUAUUAGUACCCUAUGAGUACCACACUCGGGUACCUUUCCAAGUGUGAACGCUGUCAAAAGAAUUGUUAAGAUACUAUCCACAAACUUGGGUACUUUGGAGAACAAAACAAUCCCAAUUCAAAGUUGGGGUGUUUCUGGCAGGUAGCUCAUACAGCAGAACAACAUUGCUUAGAGGGGGUGGGUAAGGAAAGCUUCAUUUUCCCUUUUGAAAUUGGCAACAUGCCAAAAAAGCCCUUUGAGGCACAGUGACUCUACUUUUUGUUGCCGAUUGAAGGAUUAAGAGAACCACAAAAUAUUACAGUCUUUAUCAGGAAUUCUAAAACCAUUGAACAGGCUGAUCAAUGUGCCAGCUUAGAAUAUGCAAUGUCUGUUUUUAGCCUGUUUCCUUCUGAGUCUUGUCGAUCAUGAGGAAAUUGAUGAACUUGACAUCAGUGACUUGGUUAACAACAACACAAGUGUGUUUGCCUCACUUUUAACAAAUGCAGAAAAAAUGAAGGUAUGCUGUUUGAUGCAUUUUUUCUGGGAGAAAGGGGAACUUUCUUAUGGCCUACAGAACACUGGACAUGGCAUGCAUGCUUUUUGGCCCAUCCCGAACUAGAGAAAACUGUUAGUACAAUGAAAACACAUGUUCCAAAGAAAAUGUUACUCUUUAACGAAACAAGGAGCCAACUGUUUUGUCCCUUGUCCAACAGAGGGUUCUAAUUUAGCAGAAGGUGCUUCUCUUUUUUGUCGUAAGCAAAAGCAAGGUCAUGAUUUUUACCCCACAGUGGCAAGCCUAUCCCUCAACAUGAGUUUAGUACCCCUGGGUUGGUUAUGAAUGUUCCAGAUCUAACAUCCUUCUAUACUUCCUUGUAUGUUAAGAUCUGGAAUGAAUUUGUGAGCCUGUCUGAGGAAGAACAAGAUCUUGUCAUUACAAGAAGAACAUCAUCUCCUCAAGAGAAGGAAAUCAACCGAGAAAGUACUGAGGAAGAACUUGUCUUGACAGAAAGAGGUUGGUCGAAAUGUUAAGUAUAUUUUGUCUUUUCCACAAUAAAACUGUGCAGUUUAUACAAUUUCUCAGGGGGAGUAUCUAAAUGAAAUUGAAAAAAGUUGUUUCUCUUUACAAGUAGAUUAAGUUAGAUUGGUUUAAGUUCAAUACAGUUUGUAGCCCAAAAGUUAGCCACCGCUUGUUGUUUAAUUGUGUAAUUAUGAUAAUAUUUUUAAUUUUGAUGAUAAAUUAUUUUGUUCUAAUAAUUUAACUGAGGGAGCCCAUUCCUUAUAAGCCCGGUGGCUUCCCUUGGGCUUCCUUGCCAUUAGCGUUUUAAAUGAUUAGAUUUUCUUGCUUUUGUACAUCUUAUGGCAAAACAUUAAACUGAACUGAACUGAACUUGUUUGUUAUUCAAACAUAGCAUGUCAGACAGGCCCAGUCUAAGACUAAAAAUCUAGCACUUGAGCUGUCAAUAAGGUUCAAUUUCACGGUGCAAAGAAAGUCAGUUUUACAACCUGCCAUUCAAGCAAGCUGUAGCUAGCAUGUACUAGCCCACAAACCCUUUUUGGAUUAACGGGAUUGAUUACAAUCCUUCUGUAAUUUGAAUUUCCCCCAAAAAACAACACUUGCCCGUUGGGCAACUUAAGAACAAAAAAUCACUAGCCUGAUAGCAAAAUCCUCUAGCCCCAGGCUAUCGGACACGACUUUCUUUGCACGCUGAAGUUCCUAGGUCAAUGCAGCAAUUAUUGUUUGGCAGGAAACUGAACAGCUAUUAAGUUGUUCAUGCUCAGCUUUCAGGCUUUCCUUUUGUUUCUCCUCAAAGUAGCUGCGGGUCGUGCUUAUCACAGCCAGGGGAAAUCCUUGUCCCUUAGCCCUUAGGGACAGCCCUGCUGCACUCUGACCACUUGUAAAAUAGAGUAUCACUUCAUAAAAUACAUGUCCCUUGGGAACAGGGCCUUCGCUUAUGUUGGCCUUUCACCAUGCAACACUCUUCCUUCAGCUAUCAGGAGUAUCCAUAGUGUUCAGGGCUUAAAGACGGUUCUAAAGACUCUCUUAUUUUGUUUGGCAUUUGCCCAGUGAACUAUGCUUUUGUACAGUGAUUGAAGUAUUGUAUUUUUACAGUAUUUUCUCUUGGUGUACUGUUUGUCAGUUUCUUAUAAGGGCUUUAGAAUAUGAAUACACUUUUAGUGCUAUGUAAAUAAAAUGUCUUAUCUUAUUUCAAUUCACUGCAUCUGUAGAUGCUGUGGUAACUGCAGAAAGGUCUUUCAACAAAAUUGAAGGACGAAUCAGAGGAACACUUCUAAACAAGCGAUUUUCAAUGGUAUGUUUUACUUUCAAGUUAGUAGAUAUUCUUUUCCAUUGAUAAGCAAUAAGUAUGUCUUGACCAACACACUUCCAAAUCAGUCAUAUUGAAGAUUCAAGACACAUGGUUGUGCAUUGUUUUUUAAUCACGUGAAAAACUCCUUUUCACAUUAAAUUUAUCUCCACAUAACAUAAAUGACCAGUAAUCUUGGACAAAUUUAGAACCAAAUUUUAUCAGAUCAUUUUUCAAGGACCUCUUAUCGAAAACUCUGUUAUGUCAGCGAUUCUUCUUGUUUUCUUUUUGGGCCUUAUUUAAAGUGUGUCAAGUAUAGAGAUGUACCGCUCAUUCAUUUCUCCUCAUUUUUUACAGUUUGCUUUUUUUACCUUUAAUACAGGGUGGUCCAAGUAUAUGGAUGGGUGUGUUAAGAAUAGAGAUUUAUUAUAUAAACACCAAUGAAAUAUCAGGUGAGCUUUUGCGAGAAAACUUGACAUCUUCACAUGUGAAAAUAACAUGCUAUCUUCACAUGUGAAAAUAUCACCGUUGCUAUGGCUUCAUAAUAAAUCACUCCUUUCGCACCAAAAAACUAUUAAAGUGAAAUGGUUUGGUAGUUCAUUGGUGUUUAUAUAAUAAAUAGAACAUUACAUGGCCGCUUGGAGAUACGAAAUUUCUCUUCUCGUGUUAAAAAAAUAUUUCACUCGUUUCAACACUCGAGAAAUUUCGUAUCUCCGCGCAGCCAUGUAAUAUCCUCUAUGUAUCACUCAUUCAUUUCUAUAAUUUUCAUUUUUUUUUUUACAUUUUGCUUUUUUUUUUUUUUUGAUCCUCUAAUACAGGGUGGGCUGAAGCACCAUGAAGAGGAAGUGGUUUCCUACUUUUCUGAUGACCCCAGUUCCGUCAUGAUCACAAACAUACCAUCCAGGUGUGUUCAUAGCUAAAUACUGGUGCUAUGCUCAUUUUGGCUCAUAUUUUUGUUGAAAGUAAUGCUAAUUAUUUUUCUUUCACUAUGUUGCAGUUUUGACAGAUUGUUGGUUCAUGGUGUUUGCCAGUUCCUUGAUUUAAAAUCCAGCAGUAAGUUAUAGCAUUUUAGAACCCGAUCAUAUCAUCCAAGCAACAGCGAUACAAGGCUGUUACAGCUGGCUCUCUAGUACAGAGUUUUUUGGGGAGUGGCAAAGCCAUGAGACAAAACUCACUGACCUAAAGAAGAGUCUCUCGUUUCUAAUCUACCCACCAGCUUACAUUAAACUCAUUUGGUGGGAAGCCAGCCUGAAUAGUGAAACAUGGAAUUCCUACAAAGAGUGUGCUUGCAGCCUUUUGUGAUACAGAAGAAUGCUUGCUAUAAGUGCUUUUGCAGUGUCGUGUGGCAAAAAAAUAGCAUUCAUUGUGUGAGAAGUUGGUUUUCCUCAACAUCAUGCUAUAUCCAAAGAAAGAAAAUUCAAACCUGUUUGUGCAUUAUUAUAAUAAUAAUAAUUACCAUCUAACUUAGAUUCCUUGUUAAAUUUUACUUUUCUCUUGUCAAAUUUACCCUUCUUUGUUGCCAGAUAGCAACAUCAAGUCUUAGUUGUUGGACCCUUAGUAGUUCACUAUGUUCAAAAUUAUGUGUGUGGCAUUGCAUGGCCUUAUUUUAUCAAGCUACUUAUUUUUGAUUUCCUCUUUUUCAUUUUUAACGCACAGGUUUAAACCGUAAUGGUGAUCGUAUCAUGGAGAUUGAAAACAAGAGGGAAACAUUCUGUGUGCCGGCUCUUCUUCUUUCCCAAUAUUUAGAGCAGCACAGAUAGCACAAGAGAACAUGAAAUUUCCUUUAACUAAGAGACCUUAGCUUGUAGUCUAUCAUAUUAACAUACGUGUCUAUUGUAGGUAGAACUUAGAACAUUUUGAUAAAAUGUAGCAAAAAGGAAACACACAACAACUUGGGGUUUUUCCAAGUAAAAUAUGAUACUGUUGGUAUGAUAAUUAUGUUCCUUUUUCUUCAAAAAGAUCAAUAUUGUUUGUGUGGAUGAGGGAAAUCCAAAAAGAAACUCUUGUACAUGAAUUAUUGUAGUGUUACAAAAUACUAGUUAGCAG